AUGAGAUGGGAUGAGCUACUAAAAAUUUUUUUCAUUCUUUUUUUGAACAUGAAGAAAUCAGAACUUGAUAAUAAUGAUCAAUUUCGGCAAAUAGAAUUUGAAGUACGUCAAGUCAGUUCUCCAGCAAAAAUGGCACCUAUCGAGGCCCCACAACUGGCUAUACCUGGAGGAGGCAACUAUGGAAACUCAGGGCCCUCUAUGGAUCAAUCAGUGGCUCAAAAUGGUCCAGUAUUGACGGAGCAAGCGGCGCAGAAAAAAGGAAUGGACCAGAUCUUCGACGAUUGUCUGAAUUACAUGGGUCAACAUCCGAUUUUGAGUGGAGUAGGUGGAUUUUUGGGGCUGUACUUUACCGCCGGCGCCUACAAAAGCGUUUCAAAAAUUCUUGGGGGUGGGAAAACAGCCGUGCAGUUUGCGAAAGGAGGAUUCGACAACAAGAUGAAUAUCAAAGAAGCACUCCAAAUCCUGAACUUAACGGAGGCUAACUUGAAUCGCAAGAAGCUGAAAGAGGUCCACAGACGCAUUAUGCUUGCAAACCACCCGGAUAAGGGCGGAAGUCCAUAUGUAGCCACUAAGAUUAACGAGGCUAAAGAUUUUCUAGAAAAGAGAGGGUUGAAAAAGUAG